UCUUUAAGGAUGGAAUACCUAUUAUACAUAUAUAUAUUCCAGUCUGAAAGUUCCUUGAUAUAUAGACGUGAGUGUAGACUUAUUUGGUCUUGCUAUGUUUUAUUAAUCUCUUGCUAGUUAAUGAUUAAUCAAUAGCUACACAUCUAAAUCUAUAUAUAUUUAUAUAUAUAUAUAGUACUUCUCUCUAUACAUAUCUGAAAUUUAUAUUAUUAAGAGAUCGCUUCAGUUAUGGAUGCUCACACUUCUUACAACAACAAGGUGGAAUCACUCCAAGCAGACGUGGAAAGUUUGAGAAAAGAGAACGAAAGAUUGAGAUUCAUGCUUGAAAUAACGAACAGAAAAUACAAAAUGCUUGAAGCCCAUUUCUACAAACAAAGCUAUGAUUCUGUUAAGAGAGCAAGGACGAGUAGCAGUACCGAUCAUGAUCAUGAUCGUGAUGAUCAUGAGUUUCCUAAUUUUCCCAAAAAUAAUAGUAAGACCACGCAGCUAUUCGUCAAAACAGAUCAGAACUCAUGCGAAAAAGACAAUAGCAGCCCUGCUAUUGUGAAAGAUGGCUAUCAAUGGAGAAAAUAUGGGCAAAAAGUUACCAAGGACAACCCUUUCCCUCGAGCUUACUUUAGGUGUUCCAUGGCUCAUGGAUGUCCAGUCAAGAAGAAGGUGCAAAGGAGCAUGGAGAACAAGUCAUUCCUUGUAGCAACAUACGAAGGAGAGCACAACCACGAGGGUGGACGUAGUAGUGGUCACAACACUUUAAUUAGUACUAGAAACUAUACUAGUUCGUCUUCUUCACCAGAUCAUCAUCUACUGUUUGAAGGGUCUUCUCCAUUAAUAUUGUCAAAUAGUACCACUAGUUGUAUAAGUACCACUCCUCCUCAUAAAGAGAGUCAUCACAGUACAUUAUUAUCUGAACCUGAUUCGAUAAUCUCCCUCGAUCUCUCUCUUUCCAAUGAUCAAGAGUACAGUAAGAUUAGUAAUAAUAAUAAUAUGAACAGAGAGAAUGAUCAUAAUGAUAGAUUAAGCAAAUCAUUUCUCGUAGAAAUGGAAGAGUGCGUAGCUUCUUUGACCAAAGAUAGCAAUUUCACCGUAGCCUUAGCCACCGCAGUUGCACGAUCCAUUGCAGGCCGAGAUAAUCAUCACCACUCUACUAAUUAGAUCCAAUUCAUAUAUAUAUAUAUAUGAGUUAUAUAUGUUGUACUGAUUUGUCAUAUAUUUUAUAUUAAGGCAAAAUUUGGCCUUGACUAUAUAUGAUAUGAUGGGAUGAUGAUGAUGAGAAAGAAAGAAAGAAAGAAUGGUUUAGUUGGAGAAGUAUUAUUAAUUAGAGUAGUUUGGUCGAUGUAGUUGAACUUGUACGUCUGUCUUGGAUUUUGGACAAAAUCAAUUUCAAUUGCUUAACUGCUCA